GAUUCGUAGGAGGAGGUCAGUUCGUUGCAUCCAUGAAGCGCCUUACGGAAACACGUCUGAGAGCCUCGGGCAUCACUCGGUAUAGCUCGCCGCUGAGGCCUGAGGCCUGAGACCUGGUACCUACAGCGAUGCAUUGUUGCUCUCGAGCUUGCGGAUAUAUAAAAGGGGUGGGAGAUAGGCAUGUCUGCAUAAGCGGUUACACCAAUGGCUCCCAUCCGGAAUGGACGCGUGCUCUUCAAUGAGAUACCCUCAGGUUACCCAGAACCCGGGAAGACUAUGGUCUAUGACGACUCACAGCUCAUCGACGUCGACAAUGUGUCUCUCAAUGGCAGAUUCUUGAUCAAGGUACUCGUUCUCUCAAUUGAUCCGUACCUACGCGGAAGAAUGCGCGACCCCAGUAUCAAGAGCUACUCUAUGGCGUUUAAGAUCGGAGCACCGAUGGACAACUUCGGAGUAGGCGUUGUGCUCCGUUCCGAAAACGAUCAAGUCAAAGCUGGAGACCAUGUCUAUGGUUUCUAUCCAUUUCAAGAAUACGUCACGUUCAGAGAAAUCUCCGAAUUGCGCAGAGCACGAGUACUCAAGAACGAGGGAGGCCUGCCGUGGUCUGUGUACGUUGGUGUCUGCGGUCUAGCCGGCCACACGGCGCACCAUGGCUGGGUAGAAUUCGCAAAGCCUAAGCAGGGUGAUGUUGUAUUCGUCACCGCCGGCGCAGGCCCAGUCGGCUCGACUGUCAUUCAGCUCGCGAAACAAGCAGGGUGCAAGGUGAUCGCAUCCGCCGGCUCCGAAGAAAAGGUUGAUUUCUUGAAAUCCAAUGGGACCGACGUGGCGUUCAAUUACAAAACUGAGAAGACACUCGAUGUGCUGCUGAAGGAGGGUCCCAUCGACAUAUACUGGGAUAAUGUUGGCGGGGAAAGCUUUGAUGCCGCUCUCGAGGCCGCAGCAUGGCACGCACGUUUCAUUGAAUGCGGCAUGAUCUCCGCAUACAACAACGCGAACAGCUACACCGUCAAGAACCUUCCGCUCAUCUUCGCCAAGAGCCUCACACUGUAUGGGUUCACCGUCAUGGACUUCCACGACAAGUAUGCGGAACGGUUCUACGAGGAAGUCCCGCGGAUGGUGCAGGAGGGGAAGAUCAAGUACACCGAAGACGUUAGCUUCGGACUGGAGAGCGUAGGUGAAGCGAUGCUGGACGUGCAGAUGGGGAGGAACAAAGGGAAGAAGAUCGUAGUAGUUGCUGACGAGUAGGUGCUACUGUCAUGAUUCCGCCGUAUUUUCACGGUGGCACAUGGAAGCAUCUCGUCGACCGAAUUCAUAGGGCGGCGUAAUUUCAGUUGUUACGGUUAUGCUGUCUACAUACGUGCACAAUGUCUCAGACGUUCCCUGCUACACAGCAUGGACCUGUCAAAUCAGCAGAGUCAUCACAGCGAGUACUUCUGGCAAGUGCGUUGUGUCCGAUGUCACUAGUACAACAUGGAAUACACAGCUAUGU